GACCCACACCGGGAGUCAUCGGGACACGCCGUGACCCGCACCAGGACCCUCCCCGGGACGCACCGGGGCACACCAGGACACACCGGAACUCCCCCCGGGACCGUCCGGGAUUCCCCGGACCCCCCGGGCCAUGAGCGCCGCGGAGCCGCCGGGCCGCGGGAUGCUGUUCGCCGAGACCCAGCUGAGGCGGCACGGCUGGCGGCGAGGGCAGGGGCUGGGCCGGCGGGAGGACGGCAUCGCCGAGGCCAUUCGGGUGAAGGUGAAAUGCGACACGGCCGGGGUGGGACACGACGCGGCAGAGCCCUUCACCUUCCACUGGUGGGACCACGUCUUCAACAAGGCAGCUGCCAACAUCGCUGUGGAGGCCGGGCAGGAUGGCAUCUCUGUGAAGGCACUUUCUGAGCAGGGAGGCAGCAUCAGCAAUAAGAAGCCACGCAAGGCUGGCAGCAGCGGGAGCCUGCUGUACGGCCGCUUUGUGAAGUCAGCCACGCUCACAGCCUGUGGGGAGGAGUCGGUGCCAGCCAGCUCUGAGAGCAGUCAGGAGGAGGAGGAGGAGAAGCUGGACCUCUCUUCGGUCAGGAGGCUGACGGACGAGGAGCUGGUGCAGGCGUGCGGGGGCCGCACAGCACACAAGGGUGCCCGGCACGGCCUGACCAUGAGUGCCAAGCUGGCACGCCUGGAGGAGCAGGAACGAGCCUUCCUGGCCACGUACCGGCAACGGGAGCAGCAGCAGGAGCCCCCAGAGAGCAGCCAGGGCAAAAAGAAGAAAAGGAAACGGUCCAGGGAUGGAGCUGAGGUGCCACAGAGCCAGGAAUCAAACACAGAACAGGAGGAGGUGUUGGAAGAAGAAAAGGUUGUGAAGAAGAAGAAAAAGAAGCGGGGGCCAAGCAGAGAAGAGGAGGUGACAGGAGAGGAGGAGGUCAUGAGGAAGAAGAAGAAGAAAGUGAUCACGGAGCCAUGUGGAGAAGAGGUAUCAGCAGAGGAGGGGAAGGUCAUGAAGAGGAGGAAGAAGCCAGAGCUAAGCACAGAAGAGGUGGUGGAAGAAGAUGGGAAGGCUGCAAAGAGGAAAAAGAAGAAAAAGAAGAAGAAGCAGCAAGAGGAGGACAAAGAAGAGCCAGCUGAAACAGAGACAGAUGAGCCAAACUUGGGACACAGGCCUACAAAGAAGAGGAAGAAGAAGAAGCAGGAAGAGGAGGAUGAAGAAGAGCCAGCUGAAACAGAUGUACCUCUACAAGAGACAGAUGAGCCAAACUUGGGACACAGCCCUACAAAGAAGAGGAAGAAGAAGAAGAGGAAGAGGGAGCCAGAGUGAGCAAGUGACGUGGCUGCCAUGCAGUCCCACCUGGCUGUAAGGGUCCUGAUCCUGGUGCUGGUGGGUGCCAUGGGCUGCUCUGAGCUCGUUCCAGCCAGAGCCCAGCACUGUGACCCAGCUGCCUGGGGAUGCUGAGCUAGGACAAGUUGGUCUGCAGCUGGAUCAAGCUUUACUUCACCACCUGAACCUUCAGGAGUGACCCUGGUUCCUUCCCCCCAGGCCCUGGGGCAGGGACCCAUUUGCCAUGGGUCUGUCACAGAAGGACACAAGGACACGCCCUGCAAAGUACUAAAGUAUUUUUUCAAGGGCAUGAAUAAAUCUUUAUUGUGAUCAGCUUA